AUGGCUGUGAACUACGUUAGACAUGGUUCAACACUACCACCAACACCGACAAGUAUUUGUCGGACUCAAACAGUGCGAGGAUACAGAUGGAAUAACACAGCUUCAGGAGUAACCGCCUCCCAGCCUUGCCAAAAACCAUAUAAUAGAGGUCAAACCUUUAGGACCUGUACAGAUGGAACGUGGUCAGAGCCCGAAUAUUCUACGUGCAGAACAGUAGCGAUAGCUGAUAUAAAUACCAUCUAUCUAAUACAAUAUGUUUGUUGUGGUACAACUAUUUUAACUGUGCUCUUAACACUGUUCAUCUUGGUGUUCGCUUGGAGAAAUCCCGGACCAGGAACCACAAUAUUAGAAAUUAGUUUUGGAUUAGCUAUAAUAGCUAGUAAUACUGCUUUCAUAGCUGGUGUCAAUAACACGGCGGAUGAGUUGAUGUGUAAAAUUACAGCAGUGUGUUUACAUUAUUUACCAACUGUAACAGUAUUUCAUUUAUUCGCUAUCAUAUUUCAUCUGGCAACUCUUAAGGUUCAAACCAGUCCCAAUUCUUACUGCUGCCUUCUAUUCACGGCUUGGGGGACUCCAGCUAUUAUCGUUGGUUUGUAUGGAUAUUUUACCACGCUGGAAGAAUAUGGUAACACAGAAAAUUGUUGGAUGGUAUUUUCUAUCAGACUAUUCUGGGUAUAUUAUGGUACUUUAAUGGCAAUUUGUGGGUUAAUAUUUAUAAGUGUAUUAGGUAUCAUUUAUCGAAUGAAAUUACCAGGAAGAGGACCAAAGUUAGGAUCUGUAAUUGGAAUUGUGCCACUGUUUAUUGUGUUUAUUACUACUAUAAUGGCAUGGGUGACGGGUGUGAUUAGUGUGAACGAGUACAAUGAUGGUCUUUACAUCACACAGAUCGUCUUUGGAACAUUCAACUUCCUCCAGGGACUGGCAUAUCUUAUCGUCUUUGGAGUUCUGGGAUCGAGGGCAAGGAAGGCGAAAGGUAAUACUCAAGUUACAGAACUCGUAACAAUAAACUAA